CACAUUUCCAGCUGUACCUGUGUGGAUGAAGCUGCUUCUGUGUGAUACACAGAAGUGGAUAUAGCUACAAGGAAGACGCCAAGGAGGUCGGAUAACACACCAGGUAUUAGCAUGUGAGCGCUUGCCUGGCAGUGAAUGAAUCAUGGAGGGAGUCGGUGUCACCGUCUUUGUUACUGUUCAGAAAAUCUACUACCCAUUGCUUUGCAUCAUGGGUAUUCCAGCCAACCUCUUCACAUUCUACAUGAUCUCCUUCCGUAAUUGUGGGAUGUCUGAGACGGCCAUCAUUUACCUGAGCUGUCUGGCCAUUGUGGACACCUUCUACCUGGUGUGGGUGAUCCUCAUUGAUUUGACCCUCACCUUCUGGCUGCUGCAGCCCUUCUGGCACUCCCACCCCUGGUGUGGCAUCCUGGGAUUCCUGCAGUACGGAUCACUCUACAGCUCCUCCUGGAUCGUGGUGGUGUUCACCAUCGAACGUUACCUUGUCCUCCGCAGCACAGCAGCCAAGCAGCACUUCUCUCAGGCCUGGGUCACUAAACUGACAUGUAUGGCUAUUGUCCUGGUGUCACAUCUGGUCUCUGUGCCACUGGGCUGGAUCAAUAUUGUCACACCUGUUAAUUUUACUGUGAAUGGGGAGAACGUGACGCUGCCCAGGUGUCGUUACCGUGAUGAGGCCUACUCUACUGUUAUAGUGUGGAUAACCACCUUCCUCUCAGGGGGAAUCCCCAUUGUGUUGGUCAUUAUCUUCAACUACCUCAUCGGAUAUCAUCUUUGCCGCGCCAGCAACCUCUUCACCAAGGAGGAGCGUCGCGUCAUGCACGGGAGGAGCACCAGGGGCAUGUUGCGGAGGACUAUCCUGUUGCUGGGCACCGUCUCUGUGGCCUUCGUGGUCCUCAGCCUGCCCCGCUUUGUCACAUACUGCAUCCUGAGAACCAAGUACAACAACGAGAACUUCAACAGGAAUGACUAUAGCAUCCCAAUCAAUGUGGCCGGAGACCUAGCCAACAUGCUGCAGAACAUUAAUUCCACCACCAACUUCCUGCUCUACUGCAUGGUCAGCCGGCGCUUCCGACAGGAGCUGGUUCAGGUGGUGACCUGUAAGGCGAAGGCACGUGAGCUGGGGUCUGUUCUCACCCACACAACCAUGAAAGUCUUCUCAGUUGUGGCUCACCAUAAGGCCUCACCAUCGAGCGACCAUGUGACUGUCAUGCUAACCAACCUGAAACAGACAGAGUAGAAAGGAACUGGAAGAAAAGAUCCAACUUUAUAUAAAUAAUAAUCCUUUAAGUCUGAAUGUUCUGUAUUGACCUUGGAAAUAGUAGUUAGCAAAAUAAUCUUAAUUAAAGGCCCACUUACUAGUCAUGUCAUGAUCUUCAUCAGUGGAUAAAACAAGGGCCGAUUGAUGAGUUUGUGGU